AAGUGCAGCUUUAAAUGUGAUGAAUUUACCAAACAUAUGUCAUGACUUAAUUAAUGAGGUAAUGAAUUUCGGUUAAGUCUUGCAUUUUAAUCGUUGGGAUAUACAAAGACAAGAGGAUCCUGAGCAUUUCAAAAUGAAAACCGUUUAUCUCGUUAUGGUUCUAACGGUGCAAGGAGUUAAUUUCCUACCACUUGGAAGAGCCGCCAUCUGUUUGCAAGGAGAAUACCUUGUGAGUGGCUCACGACCUGUGCUCGAUAACCAAAUCACAGCGAGCAGUGUUUGGGAUAAUCACUUUAGUGCAUAUGGGCCCGCCAGUGCACGAUUACAUACCACUGCAAAUUUGUACAAUGUCGGGUGUUGGGUUGCAGGCAUCAAUGACCAGAAUCCAUAUAUACAGGUUCACCUGAACGGUUUAAGUACUAUCACGGGAUAUGCUCUUCAAGGUCGACCGAAUAUGACAGACCCCAGCUCAUCACUGUAUGGAUGUUGUAGACAAUUCGUGACGUCAUUUCGUCUGCUGUACAGCACGGAUUGCACUUCAUUUCAGACGUACUUAAACAACACUGGCGACGAAUAUUCUACACAGUUUCUUACGCCAGAAGCCAACCGCUGAAUGUGGAUUUAAAAUUAGAGUCGCUCAAAAGGUCACAAGGAGCCCCUCCUUGUUGGUUCUUUCUAACGAAAACGCGCUGUCCCAAGUCAACGUGCACGACGACAAAGCCAGCUGCAGGUUGAUAGUCGUGCGUGUUAUGCACAUUGUCUGAGAUUGAAGCACCUAUGACGGCUCUAUGAACUACUAUAUUCCAGGACCUGACUUUUGAACUGAAGUUCCAGAUGAAGACGUAUGUUCCCGAGACUGUU